AUGAGGAAGUAUGGCUUCUUAGAAGUGCCAUGGGUGGAAAAUCACACCAUGGUGACUGAGUUCAUCCUCUCAGGGUUAACAGACAGUCCACAGAUGAAGGCUCUGUGCUUUGCGGUGUUUUUAGCAAUGUAUCUUGUUAUCCUGGUGGGGAAUCUUGGGAUGAUUGUGUUAAUCAAGAUCAACCCCCGACUCCACACUCCCAUGUACUUUUUCCUCAGCCACUUGUCUUUUCUAGAUCUAAGUUAUUCCUCAGCCAUCACUCCUAAAAUGCUGGUGAAUUUCUUAGCAGAGAAAAACCACAUUUCCUACCCCAGCUGUGCUGCACAGAUGUUUUUCUUUGUCCUCUCUGGAAGCACAGAGUGCCUCCUGCUGGCCAUGAUGGCAUAUGACCGUUACCUGGCCAUCUGUAACCCACUGCUCUACAUAGGCCUCAUGUCCCCGAGAGUGUGUGCCCAGCUGGUGGCCAGCUCUUAUCUCAUUGGCUUUGUGAAUGCUAUGAUACAAACAAUUUCUACAUUUAGAUUAUCCUUCUGCAGCUCCAAUGUCAUCAAUCAUUUCUUCUGUGACAUCCCCCCACUUCUAGCGCUCUCCUGCUCCAACACUCACAUCAGUGCAAUGGUGCUCUCUAUAUGUGCUAUGUUUCUGGGCAUAUUCACGUCAGUGGAAAUUCUUGUUUCCUAUAGUUUCAUUGUUUCCACCAUUCUGAAGAUCCGCUCUGGCGAAGGGAAACGUAAAGCAUUCUCCACUUGUGCUUCCCACCUGAUGGCGGUUACCAUCUUCUAUGGAACCACAGUCUUCAUGUAUCUGAGACCCAGUUCCAGCUAUUCAAUGGACCAGGAAAAGUGGGCUUCUGUGUUCUACACAGUGGUGAUCCCCAUGCUGAACCCCUUGAUCUACAGCCUGAGGAACAAGGAAGUGAAGGUUGCCCUGAGAAGGAUUCUACAGUGGAAGAUACUUUCUUGA